AAGAGGCGUUCUCUAACAGAAAGAGGUAGAGGAGAGGAGAGCAAAAUAGUUGUUUUCUAUCUCCGUGGAUCUCACACUGAGAGUUGUCUCACCAAAAGAGAGGGAAUAUUUUAUUUAUUUUUCUUCUAUUCAUGUUAUCACCACUGAUCAUACAGAAUAAAAAUAUGUUUAAACUGGUUUUCUUCAAUCUGAACUCAACAGUAAAACAGAUUUAACCUCAGACUGAUUCUUCUUGUGGGACUAGUUUUAUUAGGAUCCUACUAGUUGUCUGGUGAGGAUAUAAUACCAGUCUGUCUCUGAGAUGGAGUCCAGAACUCUUCUACUUGUUCUGGGUCUUCAUUUCACUCUUCUGGGGAACCUAGAGGCCAGAGAUUGCGGCCUGGGCUUCAUAGCCAAAGGGAAACAAUGUGAUGAUAUAGAUGAGUGUAAAGAGUGGGACAGUACCCCACCCUGUGGAAGUAAUGCCGCAUGUUACAACACAUAUGGAAGCUUCUACUGUCAGUGUCUACCUGGGUUCAGAUCCACAACGACUUUCAACUUUACUGCUCUCACUGGGGAGUGUAACGAUCUCAAUGAGUGCCAGGAGACACCACAGGUUUGUGGCAGCAACUCCACUUGCCUCAACUCCAUCGGGAGCUUCAAAUGCCAGUGUCAACCUGGGUUCAGAUCCACAACGACUGUCAACUAUACUGCUCUCACUGGGGAUUGUAAGGACAUCAAUGGUUGCUUCGACUGCCCCUGUACUUCUGAAUACGGCAAAAGAGGAGAAGGGGAUUGUAAGGACAUCAAUGGUUGCUUCGACUGCCCCUGUACUUCUGAAUACGGCAAAAGAGGAGAAGGGGAUUGUAAGGACAUAGAUGAGUGUAAUGUAACUGCUGGUAUCUGUGGAGAGGAAGGGACCUGUCAGAACCAGGAAGGAAGCUACAGUUGCCUCUGUCUACCUGGAUACAGUAAUUAUGGCAACAAACAGGCGAGGUGCUCAGUACUGACAUGUGACCAGUUUAAAGGGGAUGAGACUCCUGGACAGAAUGUCCCAGGUUUAGCUGGUCUCCUGUCUCUGAUGAGGAACAGCUGUCUGGCUUUAAGUAACUCUGGGGAAGCAGCCGGAGGUAGACUGACUGGAGAGGUGUUACUGGAGAAUGUCUUCACGCAGGUAGACAGUUUCCUGUCUCAAGGUAUCCUAAGCAACAGCCGUGAGGUGAGUAGGUUGCUCGGCGCUGUGGAGGACGCCAUGAAGCUCAUAGCGCCGCAGCUCAGAGACAACCACACCACCAUGGAAACAGACCACACAGAGGCUGAGAUUGCAGUGAGGAGGGGACAGACUCCGCCCAUUGGGACAAUCAGCCUGGCCAAUGACAACGCUCGACUGGACACGAGCUGGGAGACAGCCACCGGCAACGGGACGUACCCAGGUUUCUCUCUGGCUGGGUUGGUGUGUUACAAGGGAGUGGAGAGAUCUGUCAACGACUCCUUCCAGUACCUCACAGACACAGACACAGACACAGACACAGACACAGACACAGACACAGCAACCGCCACGGCGUCAAAGCCUAACUACCAGAUCAGUUCCAAGGUGGUAACAGCUUUUGUCAGUAACCCAGCAACAGAACACCUCACCCAGCCUGUCAUCCUCACCUUCAGACAUCUACAGGUGAGUGCAGAGUCAUCAGAAAUGAACUAUACCUGUGUGUUCUGGUCGGAGGGGCGUGUCCAGGAAGAGGGAGGGGCGUGGUCAAGUCGUGGCUGUACCAAAGUCACGUCAAACGCUACACACACCGUGUGUUCCUGUUCCCACCUUAGCAGCUUUGCUGUUCUCAUGGCCCUCUACCCUGUACAGGAUACAUUUGAGCUGCGUCUGUUGACGUGGCUGGGUCUGUCGGUGUCUGUGGUGUGUCUGUUGCUGUGCAUCCUGACCUUCUGGCUGUGUCGGUCCAUCCAGGGGACACGCACCACCAUCCACCUCCACCUCUGUGUCUGCCUCUUCAUCGCUGACCUCGUCUUCCUCAGCGGUAUCUCUCACACACGGAGCAAGGGAGGAUGUGGGUUUGUAGCAGGUCUCCUCCACCUGUUCUUCCUAGGAUCCUUCAGUUGGAUGUUGUUAGAGGGGGUUCAGCUCUAUCGCAUGGUGGUCCUGGUCUUCAACACUACCAUAAGACCUCUGUACCUGUAUGCUGUGGGAUAUGGACUGCCACUGACUAUAGUCAUCAUCUCUGCUAUCACCUACCCAGAUGGAUACGGUACCACACAACACUGUUGGCUGUCUCUGGAGAGAGGAUUCAUCUGGAGUUUCUUCGGCCCAGUGUGCACCAUCAUCUUCCUCAACGCUUUCAUCUUCAUCAUCACUGUCUGGAGGCUGGCACAGAAGUUCUCUAGUCUCAACCCUGACCUCUCCACCCUACACAAGAUCAAGGUGUUCACAGUGACAGCAGUGGCCCAGCUGUGUGUGUUGGGUACUAUGUGGAUAUUUGGAGUGUUCCAGUUCCAAGAGGAGGGGACAGUGGUCAUGACAUAUCUCUUCACUAUCCUCAACUCUCUACAGGGAGCACUGCUGUUCAUCAUGCACUGCCUACUGAACAAAACGGUUAGAGAGGAGUAUUGCAAGCUGCUGUCCUGUAUCUGCACACCACAGAAGAAGAGAUACUCAGAUUUCAGCACUAACAACCCUUCCUCCAGCCAAUUCCAGGGGUCAAGGCGUACCCAGGACACAGGGAAGUUGCAGACAUGAUGUCAUCACCAAUCCCCCAUAAUGCACAUCUUUACUCCCCCUCCCUUUUCAGGCCUGGUCAGUAGAAAAUGUGCCCUACGAGCCCGGCUGGUUAGUAAAAAUGUGCCCUAUCUAGAACCUUAACGGGUUCUUCGGCUGUCCCGGUAGGAGAACUCUUUGAAUAACCCUUUUUGGAUUCCAUCUCGUUGCCUUUCCACAGAGGGUUCUUCCUUCAACCAAAAAAAGUUCUACCUGAAACCAAAAAGGUGCUUCUAUCUGGUCAGCAGAAAACCCCUUUAGGGACCCCCUUGUCUAAACGUGUACUUAGCCCGGCUGGUCAGCAGAAAACCCCUUUAGGAACCCCCUUGUCUAAACGUGUACUUAGCCCGGCUGGUCAGCAGAAAACCCCUUUAGGGACCCCCUUGUCUAAACGUGUACUUAGCCCGGCUGGUCAGCAGAAAACCCCUUUAGGAACCCCUUGUCUAAACGUGUACUUAGCCCGGCUGGUCAGCAGAAAACCCCUUUAGGAACCCCCUUGUCUAAACGUGUACUUAGCCCGGCUGGUCAGCAGAAAACCCCUUUAGGAACCCCCUUGUCUAAACGUGUACUUAGCCCGGCUGGUCAGCAGAAACCCCCUUUAGGGACCCCCUUGUCUAAACAUGUACUUAGCCCGGCUGGUCAGCAGAAAACCCCUUUAGGGACCCCCUUGUCUAAACGUGUACUUAGCCCGGCUGGUCAGCAGAAAACCCCUUUAGGACCCCCUUG